AUGGCAAGCAAAGAUCCUCCCCAUACGCCGCCACCUGACAGCUUCUUGUACCGGUUGCGCAAAAAGACUGCCAUGCCAUCCCUGAGAGACGCGGCGAAAUUGUUCACGAAGCCUGAUGUGGGAGCGCCGACCGAAGAACCUGACGCCACGGCCUCUCUCGCAGACAGCGAUGCGGAGAGGGUUUCGCAUGGGGAGAGUGAUACGGCCCAGCGGACGAGGGAGGACUCGGAUAGGUUCGAUGGGCUGCGCAAUGAGCUGGCCCCCUCCCCUAAGCAUCGCGAGCGGCUGUACGUCUCCAAGGAGGAGUUCACUCUCGAAGAGCUCAAGGUUGCGAUGAAGCCAUUCUUUGGAGGCGACGUUGAAAUCCUCAACGCCGAGUACAGACUAACGGCCAUUGAACGUUUCCGAAUGCAAGGAUACCCAGAGUGCUGA